AUGGUCGCAGACAGUUCUGAGUCACCCAAGCCCCUUUUCGGAGAUACGAAUACACCCAAGAGGCGCAAACGUUACCACCUCGAACAUACCCCCUUACGUCGAUCCAAACGCCUUCGACCCUCACUCGGAGAUGGGGAAAGUCGAGUAAACGCGCUACCUCAGUCGUCCAGCAAGGAGAAAUCACCAAAGGGCAACUCUUCCGACGACCCUGAUCAUGAAGAUGGGAGGGCGGCGCAGCGUGAACGCAAACUGCCGACACGCGUUGGUGCCACAGGGGAAUCCGAGAAAAGCACGACUCCGCCUCAUGCCACAGGGGAGACUACCACCAGGGAUACGACGGAUUCUGAAGGAUCAGAGAAACGAGAACUAUGUGAGGCUUCUGUCGGCAUUUUUGACAGGGGUAAGGAGACCUCUACGGGAAAGCCUGGCAACGAUGCAAGCAGCACCAGAGAUUCCGUGAAGGAGGGAGCCAAGCGAAGGGAGACUGACUCGGAAGGACGUACUAUUGACCCACCCACGGCACCACAGCGAAGUCUGGAAGUCGCCGCAGCUGAUGACGCUCCCAUUAUCAGAAAUAUCGAUGUCAUCCAAAGGACGGUCGAAGUCGACAGCCUAACCAAUGUCACACCCAUGCGAACAAGCCCUGAGAUAGUGGAAGAGCUCCUAACACAAGCGGAGGACGAAACCGACGACGAAGCCAGUAGUACCAUUAAAGUCUCUGACGGCGACUUCAGCAGAAACCCUUCUCCCGAAAAUCCCACUGCAGAGCUCCAAUCCGAACAUACAGUGGCAGGUUCGGGCUCAUUCAAAAUGGACCAGUGGUGGGAAGACUUUAUAAACGAUUGGCCGGAGUUCAAAGAGGCGAUGGAGUGGCUUGAGAAGAGUUGUCAAUAG